GAGAAGGGCGUGGAGGGGACAGCAGAAGGUGGAAGGAGUCACCUAGGCGCCCAGCAGCCCAAGACCCGGCAGCCAGCGGGCCCGGAGGCUCUGCCCAGCGGCGCCUAGAGCCGGAGCGACCCCGCAUGCCGCCCGGUCCCGGCCCCACCGACACAAACACACGCACGUGCGCCCCGCCCCCGCCGCGCACGCGCCCCAGGCUCCCGCGGCGGCGGGCGCGCGCGCGGUGCUCGCUGCCCCCACGCCGCUCCCUCUGCUCUGCUCGCCGCGGCUCCCGCUUCCCGCACCCGCUGCGCGCCGGACGCGCGAACCCGGAGGCGGUGGCACAGGUCGGUGGGCCCGGGCGGGCGCCGUGGAGAGUCGGCUGCGCCGGGGAGCGGAGGAUCCGGGCAGAGUCCCCGGGAGGCGAUGCUGCAGGGCGCCGGCCCCUGCGCAAGGCGGGCGCUGCGACAGGCCGGCCGGUGAGGCGCUGCUGGGGGAGGCCGCGACGGAGCGCCCGGACCCGCCAUGGGCUGAGACGCGCUCUAGCCGAGCAGAACAUGCCCGGGUGACUCCCACAUCUUCCCUGUGGCCUCCCUUGCUCUCCCCAGUGACACUAUGCAACCCCAGCGCGACCCGUGUGGCCUCUGGCUCCUGCUACUGUCGUGGUUCCUGCUCCUCUUUGAGGUGGCCAGGACUGGCCGUCCAGUGGUUAGCUGCCCCACCACCUGCCUGUGCGCCAGCAACAUCCUCAGCUGCUCCAAGCAGCAGCUGACCAACAUACCCCACUCCUUGCCCAGCUACACGGCGCUGCUUGACCUCAGCCACAACAACCUGACCCACCUGCGGGCCCAGUGGGCCCCCACACGCCUGACCAGCCUGCACUCCUUGCUGCUGAGCCACAAUCACCUGCACUUCAUCUCCUCUGAGGCCUUUACCCCCACCCCCAACCUCCGCUACUUGGACCUUUCCUCCAACCAGCUGCGUGCUCUGGACGAGUUCCUGUUCAGUGAACUGCAGGCACUGGAGGUGCUGCUCCUUUACAACAACCACAUCAUGGCUGUGGACCGUGGCGCCUUUGAUAACAUGGUCCAGCUGCAGAAACUCUACUUGAGCCAGAACCAGAUCUCCCGCUUCCCUCUGGAACUGGUCAAGGAAAAAGCCAAGCUCCCCAAACUCACACUCCUGGAUCUCUCUUCCAACAAGCUCAGUCUCUUACCAUUAUCUGACCUGCAGAAACUGCCUGCGUGGGUCAAGAAUGGGCUGUACCUGCACAACAACCCCCUGAGCUGCAACUGUGAUCUCUACCAGCUCUUUUCACACUGGCAGUAUCGGCAGCUGAGCUCUGUCAUGGACUUUCAGGAAGAUCUGUACUGCCUGGACUCCAAGAAGUUGUACAAUGUCUUCAACAUGAGUUUCCUCAACUGCAUCGAGUACAAGGAGCAUGCCUGGGAGGCCCACCUCGGGGAGAAAUUGAUCAUCAAGUGUGACACCAAGCAGCAGGGGAUGACUAAAGUGUGGGUGGCACCAAACAACAAACAGGUGCUAGAGGAGGUGACCAACAGCUCGGUGACAGUGUCUGAGGAUGGCAGUCUUCUUUUCCAGAAGGUGAAGAUUGAUGAUGAGGGUGUAUACACCUGCUACGCCGUGGGGGAGACUUUCAAUGAGACAUUGUCUGUGGAGUUGAAAGUGCACAAUUUCACUUUGCCGGGGCACCAUGACACCCUUAACACAGCCUAUACCACCUUGGUGGGCUGCAUCCUCAGCGUGGUCCUGGUCCUCAUAUACCUGUACCUCACCCCUUGCCGAUGCUGGUGCCGGGGUGUCGAGAAGCCUUCCAGCCAUCAAGGAGACAGCCUCAGCUCAUCCAUGCUUAGCACCACGCCCAACCAUGAUCCCAUGGCUGGCGGGGACAAGGAUGAUGGUUUUGACCGACGGGUAGCCUUUCUGGAACCUUCUGGACCUGGCCAGGGUCAAAAUGGCAAGCUCAAGCCAGGCAACACCUUGCCAGUGCCCGAGGCAAUGGGCAAGGGUCAGCGGAGAAUGUCAGAUCCAGAAUCAGUCAGCUCAGUCUUCUCUGAUACACCCAUUGUGGUGUGAGCAGGAUGGGUUGGUGGGGAGAUACUGCCCCAGGAGAGGUAAUGCACCCCUGAAGGAUAUGGGGGGGAUGGAAGAGAGGGCUGGUUGCCCAAGGGAGUGGGGUUCCCCGCCCAACCUCAAGGGAACAACAGCAGGCAAGACCCCCAGCCAGGGUGUGGCUGCCACGGCCACGAUUUUUCAAACAUGGAUACAUUAACCGUCAGGCAGAUGCUACACACCUACUAUCUAAGCCCUGACAAUUCUGAAUGUGGCAGAGGAAAAAGAGUGUCUUGAGUUAGAUGGGAAUGAGGAAGGGGUGGGAGGGAAGAGAAAAUUCCCUAAACUUUUUAGAGGUCAUCCCUAGCUCCUUCAGAGAAAAUCAUCUGGGGAAACAAAGAAUCACUUUUUUUUUUUUUCAGUCUCUGCCCUCCCACACCUGUGAUGUGUGUGUUGGAGGGGACUUCCACAGGAGCUAUGUUGCAGGGAAGCUGUAGUAUCAUAUGUGGCCAGGCAGUCCCACACUUCACAGCUAGGGAAAUUGGAAACCUUUGGAAAAGUGAGUCAGGAAAAGGCUGAGUCCUCCAUCAGAAACGCCCUCCAGAACUGCUGUUAAACUUCCUGUUAAUGCCUUCCUCUCCAGUGAGCCCUGGGUGGGUGGAUCUUUGCAGGAGCCUGGCCUGCUGCCCAUCAGAUAUGACAGCAAUGUCAGAUGUGCUAUCUGUGCCUAGUCGUGGGACUGGUGACAGAGGGGUCCACAUCACAGCACAGGCAUUAGCACAAAACCUGUAGAUGGGGGUCAUAUCCCAGGCAGACUGGUAAAAACUCUUGGCUAGUAUUUGAUUCUCAGGACCUGUGUACCAGGUCAGGGCAGAGGUGUCCUGGCUACUUGUCACAGAUAAGGAAUGUGGGGUUUCUUCACACUAGGAGGGAGCUCAGCUUCUAUUAUGUAGCAUCUAGCUCGACCUUCCUGAUUUUCUGUGUAUACCAUCUCUUCAUUGAGUCUCCUUAUCAAGCUCAGGUGAGGUUUUGAGGUUUCUCUUAAUAUGUUGCUUCUUAGAGGAAAGUCUGGCUCUAGCAGGUCUAGUCUGCGCUUGGGGCUGGAAAGGAUGAGGUAUGUAUCUCUUCUCUUAGAAGUAUCACCCCCUGCUAUAAAGCCAAAACAUGGGGUUUUCUCAUCCUAGGGGUUUGGGGGGGUGGUCUCUGUCCCCAGAAUGGCACUUUGGAGUGUGACUUAGAGAUCAGUCCUCUCCACAGAGCUCCAAACAGUCCUGUCACAAGGAAAAUCAGUGGCACUAAAUUUUCAAAAGGAACAUUCUGCCACUCUCAUCCCUCACAGCCAGAGGUCCAUACCAUUCUGGUCAUUAGGCCAGAGAAACUUAAGAAUGGACCAAUGACAUAUCCCAUCCAGGAUGGCAGAACAUUCUGGGUAUAGAUGAAGGCUGCUUCCUUUAACAUCCCUGUCUAGCCUGCAGGCCCUGGAAGGCAACUGCUCUGAGCUUUGUCAGGGGGGGGAGCAAGGCAAAGGUGAAAAUGUUCUCUGAUGUUGGUCUUUUUCAGUCUUUCCCUUUCCCCACUAAGUUUUCUGUCUGUCAGAGUUCUCCGGCUCUUGUAGUUUUCUGAUCUGCCCUUUAGGUUCCAAGAGGUGUCAUUUUAUGGCAGUUGAGGGCUGCUCAACAGGAAGGCCCGACUUUGACUACCUAUUAAGAUUGGGGAAGGGAAGGAGGCUAGAAUUAAUUAUCUCCCCGGUGUUAGUCCCUGGGAUCUCAUGAUUGUCCAUCCUUGCACAGUGACCUAGUUUUGUUGAGAGAGGCACAGAAUUUCCCUCAAGCCCUUGCAUGCUCACAGGGAUGCAUGCUGAUAGGUAUGCAUGUACACCAGCACCUUGACUUCCAUCAGGACAGCGAGCCUUUCAUCCUCACCAAUGCCCACUCUCAGAAGUGUCUCUACUUGUGCACACAACUUCAUGCACAGUUUUCUUCCUCACUAGGAGAGGCAGUGACCACACCAGGCUCCCCCAACACAAACUCUUUGGUCUCUUUUUCACACUCCUGUACUAAAAAUUUCUGAGACCCAUGAAGCUUCAUCCACAUCUCUGGCACUAAGCAACCUCCUCAAAAGGGCUGGGAUUAGAAGAACCCCAGGUUGAGAACCUUGAGAGGAGAGAUGAUGAACUAGCUGCUACUGUAGAAUUCUCCAAAACAUUCCUUGGGUGGAUGGCUAUCAGAAAUAAGUCAACCUCAUGAGGUUAGUGAGGGGUCCAGAAGGAAACUGACAGCAGAUCAAGCAGCUGUCAGUUACACUUCCUGUGUUAACUGCCCCAGUGAGACAAGGGCAGAAAAGAAAAAUUAAAAGUGAUCUGGUAUGGAUGGUUCUAUUCCAGAGACUUGAGGACUUUAUGGCCCCCGCCUCAGACUCAUAGGGUACCUGUGAACAGUCUGCUCUCCAUGCUGCAGUUUCCCCUCCAGGCACCACUUAGGGCUCUGGAAAUGUUUAAAGUGAAUGUCAAAUGAAGCAGACCUUCUGGGGCAUUCCUGCUGAGUUCUUGAGGACUCAGAGAUCCAUUUUCUUCGUUAAGUCUUCCCCAGUUCAGGGAAUAAGAGUAGGCCCCAAGAUUCUAAGUCAUACUACUGUAGCCACAAUGUUGGCCCUUGGUUUGAGAGGCUGGUAGAGGUGCCUGGCUGCUUCGUCAAGGGAUUGAACGAGUUAGCCUCUUCUCAUAUUUUCAACAGCUAGAUCCUGGAAGUUGCUUUCUGUUUGAGCGGUGGGUAUGUGGCACGCAUAAGCUGGAACUCUAGGAGAAAACUGCCAGGUCUGGUUAUAAGGUAAGGCUGAGAGAUCGCCCCCUUCCCCAUGCUUCCCAGGAAGCAGGCGUCCCUGGAGACAGACUCUGACAGGGCUUUAUAAUCUGUGUGAUUAUUCGUCACUUUUUUUUUCCUUGUCUUUAUUUAUGGGCUUCUGAGGUAGGGGCCAUGAGAGGGUAGACCCCAGCUAGGGAGAGCAGAGCUGACUCUCUACAGUUUUCAUGUGUUCUUAACUCUGUAUGUCCUUGUAGCUCUGCUUACAAGCAGAUGUCCUCCUCCUUGUCCAGAACCCAACUCCUCCCACUUAUGUACAUCCAGGUUGGCAAACCCUUGGAGCUUCCGGGCUCUAACAAGACAAUGAUCAUUAAACCUGGAUCUAGUUUCUGUUCUAGUAUAGUCUGUGACUAGCUUAUCUUUUCAGUUUACAGUGGGAUCCACUGUACCUGGGAAGAGUGUGUGGCCUGUUCUGAGAGAGAAUGUUUAAAUGCUGUUACACGGGCACCAACAGAAUCCACAUUCACACAUUAAGAUAGAGGUCAGCAAACUUUUCAAAAAUAUUUAUUCACUUUUAUUUGUAUUUUUAGAUAGAGCCAGAGGAAGGGGGAGAGUGAAAAAGAAAACUGCCGGGCUAGCGUGGGGGUGCCUCUUCCUGGGCAUGUACUCUCUGGGUUGGAGAGAACUUGACCGGAGCUAGCCUGGGUUGCUAGUCACUCAGCGACGCAAGGGAGAUGACUCAGGAACAGACUUGUGGUGGCGAGGCAAUGCAAUAUCUUUAUUGAUCAGAGAGCCAAGGCCUUUAAAGGGCAGACCCAGAAGUGGCAAGUCGGAAACGGAAAUAGCUAGAAAAGGAGUGGAGAAAGGCAAAAGGGGCUGGAAAGGUAGGAACUUCCUUAGCAACUGUUGCAAGGGUUUUAAUUGGUAGGAUUAAUAAUACCCUACAGGCAGGGAGGGUCUUGAGGGUAGAAAGAAGAUAGAUCAAAGGAAUGGAAUGGGUGGGGAUCAUUCAGGCAAAACAAUGACUAUGUAGAUAGGCCAUAGUAUUAGGAAUGCAUGGUGGAGCAGGGGGAACUGGCUUAAUGUUUUAAGGAAUGCCAGGCUCCUGGAGGCAGAAAAAUGCAGGGUGCGUUGUGAGGCUCCUCACAAUUUCCCAGCAUCUCCCCCUUUCUUUUUAUCUAAUGGCCAUAGUAUCAGGAAUAUGGGGUGCUUUGUGAGGCAGGGAGUCUGAUAAGACGGGGCACACCUUUGGGGUUACUCCUGUCCCUCCUUGCUCAACCUCUCGGUAGAGAGACUGACAAGAUAGACACACUCCUCAGGUCAAGCCCUGCCAGGCUCUACCACAUCCUCACAAUUUCCCAACAGAAAACCACCGAAACUUCCUUCAGUGAGAUGGAGCCCAUGCUCAAACCUGGGUCGUGCACAUCAGUUUUAUUUUCAUGAGAGAUUAGAGCACAUCUAGCCUCUGAUGUAUUUCUAGAGAUGAAACCUGGGGCCUCAGCCAUGCAAGACCUGUGCUCUACUACUGAACAUCUCCCUGACCCAGCAAACCUUUUUUUUUUUAAAGACCCAAGUAGUAAACAUGUUAGACUUUCCAGGCCAAAUAAUCUCUGUUAGAAUGAUUCAGCUGUGCUGUUGGAGCAGGAAAACAGACACAGACAGUCUGUAAACAAACGGCUGCAGCUGGGUUCCAGUCAAACUUGAUGGACAUCGAAACUUGAAUGUCACAUAAUUUAAACAUGGCUUUUGCUUUCUUCUCAACUCUUUAAAAAUAUAAAAAUUUUUAGGGAGUCGGGCGGUAACACAGCAGGUUAAACAAACACGUGGCGCAAAGUGCAAGGACCAGUUAGGAUCCCGGUUCAAGCCCCCGGCUCCCCACCUGCAGGGGAGUUGCUUCACAGUUGUUGAAGCAGGUCUGCAGGUGUCUGUCUGUCUUCCUCUCUAUCUCCCCCUUCUCUCUCAAUUUCUCUCUGUCUCUAUCCAAUAACGAAUAAAUAAAUUAAUUUAAAAAAUUCUUACUAGCUCAGAGACUAUUCAGCCUGUGGGUCACAGUUUGCUGUAGCUUCUCAAACCAAAUGUCACUGAUGCUUUAGAGGGCUGUUUAGAACUUCCAUAAUGUGGGGCUAGUGCCUGUAGAUAAUGAAGACAUCUUGGCUUCUUUGCUUGGAUCCAAGGGAGAAAGGAAGGGCUGUUUCCCUGUGGAGUUCUUUUAAAAGUCCACUCAAGCCUGCUGGCUGUAUAAUGGAAAAUUGUUCAGUCGAGGGUAAAAGAAACAGUGGAGGGCAUCCCACUUCCAUAAUAUCUUGAUCAUUGUCAGUAUACCUUCAUGUUGUAAAUGGUAACCAUCUUAGUUUGGCUGAAAGCAUAGUCAUCUACAAGGCAGGUGAAUAGUCAUUGACAAUUUAAUGGUAUUACAUAAAACAAAAAUGCCGUUCCCAUUUUCUUGGUAUAGACACAGCCUGCCAGAAAUUGAACUGGAUUCCAUUAAAACUUUGAAUAUACAA